AUGGGCGGAAGUACUAGCCGUCCAUUGCAAUGUGUUCACGGUUGUUGGUCAUCCAAAUCACCACUGUCCGAUAGGGAAUUGUGUGCAUGUCAUUGGGAAGAAAUUCCUACACCAAGUGUUUGUGAACAUCGAGAUACACCAGUUGAGGGACCACCAUCACAAGAGAAACUGAUUCAGGUAAUUGAAACCAUUAUUUUUGUUUCAUUGCACCUCCUUUCUGAACAAACGCCAGUAAAUCAGGUGCCUAAGUGCAGGCCUAAAACCUCCCUUACGGGCCCUCUGUAG